UUUUUUUUUUUUACUGAAGUCUGGCAGAUUUUUGUUUUUAAUUGUCGCCAAAGGGCCCACCGUAUUAAAGUGCAGGAGGCGGGCUGCCGGACUCAGAGGGUCCUAGGAAGGAGGUCUCCUAUUGGACACCCAGAUGACUAUUUAACCCGCCUGGUCCAGAGAGAUGUGAGGACGUCUUCAUGAGAGCAGGGUCCAGAUGAUUGCCACGUUGUGUUUGGUGAGCUGCCUCUCAUGGCUUCCAGGGCUGCUGGAGGCCAAGUCCUUGCUGAGCGCCAUCGAGCAGGAAGACAUGGUUCCCGUCGGCGACGUCGGCAUCGGUCCUGAGAGAGCCAACGACUUCCUGACCCACUCCAGAGCCAGGAGGAACGCCGACCCCCGAUGGUAUCGAGGGAACCCGGACUUCCAGGCCUACUAUCGCUACUACAGCAGCAUCGGGCACACGGAGGGGCUGUACGAGAUCGACAAGCUGAGGAUGUUGUACCAGCAGAUGAGGUACCUGGAGAACACCUACGGCCCCAACGCCUCCUACUUCCAGAACAAGCUGGGGGUCCCGCAGAUAAUGUGCGACCCGGCCACCGACAAGAGGUGCAAGGUGGUCGACCCCGCGCCUCCCCCCAUGAAGGGAGUCCCCGUCCCCGUCCCCGAGGCCACGGAUCUGCCCGCCACGCUGCCCCCGCCUCCUUUUGUUUCCCAGGCGGACGUCCUGUACCUGUGCAACAGCAAGGACCCCCUGUGCAAGCCCCACAUCGUCUACCUGCCCGCCGGCGCCGUGCCCGUCCUCUGCGACCCCCGCUACCACCCCCACUGCACUCCUCAGAAGGCGCCGCCCGCCGCAGCGCCUCAGCCGCAGCCGCUGCCCCCGCACCCGCCGAAGAAGCCGGUCCCUCCCCCGCUCAUGCCCAUCCUCGUCAAGAAGUCCCCACCGCCGGCCCCCGUCCGCAUUUUCAAAGGCAUGGAGUACGACUGCGACCCCUACUGGGACCCCGACUGCCUCAUUGACCACCCGCCCAGGCCCAUGAAGGGGCAGAUUGUGGGCCCACCACCCCCUCCUCCUCCUGUGGAGGAAGAGAGGGAGGAGGAGGAGGAGGAGCCAGCACCCCUUGGUCUCCCCAUGCAGAAGAAAUCCUUCCCCUACUACUACCCCUCUGUACCCUACAACCCCCGUGAUGACUUGUACGACCCGGCCCGCUUCCAGUACCCUCAACCAGAACCACCUGCUGACGAGACCCAAUAGGGACCGUCUUUAAAAAAAAAACAGUCGGGACACGUUGAACACGUUGCACAAAGAUGUCCUUGAACGAGUCCUAAAGUUUUAAAAUAUAGGGAAAAGUCCAAAAGCAUCGUCAUUAAUCAUGUAUUAUUAUUUUAUUUUUUCAUAUUCCAUCUCACGCCUAAGGAAGAUGUUUCAAAUCCAAAAUAAACGUUGGAAAAUAAAAAAGGUUGACUAUGUUUGGCUCCUUCCUCAUAAAAACAGCGGAUAAUUAAAUGUCGUUAAUGCUGACUCGUCCAAUAGGACAUAUUGAACACGUUGCACCAAGCUGUCCUUGAACGCAUCCCAAAGCUUUAAAAUAUACAGAAAAGUCCAAAAUGUAUUGUAUUAUGUAUUAUUUUAUUGUAUUAUCUCACGCCUAAGGAAUAUGUUUCAAGUCCAAAAUAAAUGGAAAAAAGCUUUAGAAUAUACGGAAAAGUCCAAAAGCCUCGUUAUGUUUUUUGUUUUAUUUUUUUAUAUUCCAUCUCUCGGCUAAGGACGCUGUUUUAAGUCAAAAAUAAACGUUGGAAAAUAAAAAAAGGUUGACUUGUGCUUGUUUGGUUCCUUCCUCAUAAAAAUAGCGGAUCAUUAAAUGUCGUUAACGCAGACACAUUGAACACGUUGCACAAAGGUGUCCUUGAACGCAUCCUAAAGCUUUAGA